AAAAUGCCGAAAAGGCGGUGAUAGUAAAGUUUAUAGUCGUCGUGGUCUACUUUUCAAAAUUUCAAACCAUCCCACAAUGGCGGACCAGUGAAGAAAAAGAAAAAGCUUUCUAUCUGCUCUCCCUUCUCUCAUAUGGUGUACAAAUGCGUCGAGCGAGUGCCUAUUAGUAAGGUUCUUCCAUAGACUGCCUGCUCUAGUAGACGUUAUUAUAAAUUUUCAUUUCCAAGUAAUUCAGAGGCAUUUACAAUGGCACGUACAGACUACGAAGAAGCUGAAGAAGAAGAAGAAAACAUAUUGAAUUCGCAAUCCUCGGAUAACAAUUACAUGGUGGGCUUUGUCAUAGCCAACAUAGUAGGCCUGCAGUACUACACGGGUUCAGUAAACGGUAGAGAAAUGGUGGGCUUGAUCCGCCAGCCAGAGAAUCCCUACGACCCAAAUGCAAUUAAAGUGCUCAACAUGAGGGGGUUGCAGGUUGGUCACAUUGAGCGCUCAGUUGCAGGCGCCUUAGCCCCCCUUGUGGACCAGGGGCUAAUUCUGAUUGAAGCAAUAGUGCCCAAUGGAAGGGGCUUCAAGAAUGCCUACAAGAUGCCCUGCCAAAUAUACAUUUUCAGUCAGAGGGAGCUCAUGGGUGUGGCCCUAGAAGUCUUGACAGAAAAUGGGCUCAAUGUCAUCACUACAGCUGAUCAAGAAUUCAUGACUACGCAGUCGGUGGCUGCAAAGGAGAAGAUUCAGGAGGAGCCCGUGAAGAAGGCCAGGGAUUUGGAUGAGAUAUUUGGAGCGGCUGUGGAUGGAGGGGCAAGAAAAAGGCAGACCAUGGAACCGUCGAGUGUUAUUGUGGCGGAGCUCUUGCAGCACCAGAAGGAGGCGUUGGCUUGGAUGGUGCAGAGGGAGAAUUCGCUGAAGCUGCCUCCAUUCUGGGAGGUUUGUAAUAAUCAAGGUAAAAAGGUUUACAAGAAUAUUUUGACAAAUUUUGAGUGUUUCGAGAGGCCUGACCCACUCAGGGGUGGAAUUUUGGCUGAUGAUAUGGGGCUUGGGAAAACUCUAGCUUUGCUUUCAUUAAUUGCCACAAAUGGGCCUGGUGCCGAGCUUCCUCCUAUUGUGGACAUUGAGCCCUGCCCCGGAAACCCAAAUCCUGAGAACUCUACUUUUGCAAACCCACAUUCUGAAAACCCCAGUUUUGGAAACCCAUGCCUUGAAAACUAUAGUCUUCAAAACCCACAUCCUGAAAACCCAAAAUUUGAAUAUCACGAAGCUGGAAGCUCUCAAUCUGGAAACUACAAUUCUCGAAUUUCUAAGUCCUCUUCACAAAACCCUAAACCCUGCCCCGAAAGCUCUAAGCCAAGGGAACGUAAGAGGAAAAGGGAUGGCUCAAGAAAGAAGACCGACACUAAUGCAAGCAGAGAGUCAGCAUUCUCUAGCAGGGAUUUGGCUGGAUGCGAAUUUGACCCACCAGAUCCCCAUGGGCCCAAGACCACUCUUGUUGUCUGCCCCCCUUCGGUGAUUUCCAAUUGGGUCACUCAGCUUGAGGAACACACCAAACCAGGAAAGCUGAAAGUUUAUUUAUAUCAUGGUGAUCAGCGCAAUAGGGAAGGUAAGGAGCUUUGCAAGUUUGAUAUUGUUUUGACAACUUAUAGUACUCUCGGUUCAGAAUUGGAUUGUCCGGGUUCCCCCAUGAAGGAGGUGGACUGGUUGAGAGUUAUCUUGGACGAGGCUCAUUUCAUCAAGAAUGCUACUACUAAACAGGCCAAGGCUGCAAUAGCUUUGAAGGCACAAAGGAGGUGGGCAGUUACUGGAACUCCAAUUCAGAACACCUCAUUUGAUUUGUUUACUUUAAUGUCCUUUUUGCAGUUUCAACCGUUUUCAAUUAAAUCUUACUGGAAUAGCUUGGUCCAACGCCCUUUAACUCAGGGCAAUGCCAGUGGCCGUGCUCGUCUCCAGGCCCUGAUGGAGACCAUUGCACUCAGAAGAACCAAAGACAUGAAAAUCAAUGGACAGAGACUGGUGGAACUUCCACCUAAAUUUGUAGAGAUCCAUUCAAUAGAACUUUGCCAUGAGGAACGACAGCUUUAUGAUCGUUUAGAAGCAGAAGGCAAAAAAGUUGUUCAACAUUUUAUUAAUUCAGGCACCGUGCUAAAUAAUUAUUCAACUGUGCUUCAAAUACUUUUGCGACUACGUCAACUUUGUGAUGAUCCAGCUUUGUGUCCAUCUGAUGUGGAACUACUUAUGUCAUCUUUAAAAUUGGAAGAUGCUUCAAGCAAUCCUGAUUUGCUUAAAAAACUACUGUUGAUUUUGCAAGAUGGAGAUGAUUUUGAUUGUCCGGUGUGCCUAUCACCACCGACAGAGGCUAUUAUAACUAUUUGCUCACAUGUAUUCUGCAAGAGGUGCAUUGAGAAAACACUGAAGCAUGACAAGCCACGGUGUCCAAUGUGUCGCAAGGAACUUACAGAGUCUGAUCUUUUCAGUUCACCGAAGGCUGCAGAGGAUGAUGUAAUACCAAAUAAGUCAGCAAAUAGCUCAAAAGUCAAAGCACUAAUAUCCUUUUUGAAAGAGUCCCGCAAUGAUGAUCCAACAAAAAAAUCUGUUAUUUUCUCACAGUUCCGGAAAAUGCUGGAUCUCUUGCAGGAGCCUUUGGAGAGAGAAGGCUUCAAGUUUGUUCGUUUAGAUGGGUCUAUGGCUUCAAAGAAGCGAGCAGCAACUAUUACAGCUUUUGCAUCAACAAAGCCGACGAGCCCAACCAUUCUCUUAGCAAGUCUAAAAGCUGCAGGAGUAGGUAUAAAUUUAACCGCUGCUUCUGAUGUGUACAUGUUUGACCCAUGGUGGAAUCCUGCUGCUGAAGAUCAAGCAAUGGAUCGAGUACAUAGAAUUGGGCAGACAAGAUCUGUCAGAGUGUGCAGACUAAUUGUGAAGGACAGUGUUGAGGAAAGCAUAUUAGAAAUGCAAGAGAGGAAACGGAAGUUAGCAAGUUCUGCAUUCAAUAAGUCUGAAAAGGAGCAACGCCAAAUGCGUGUGGAAGAUGUACAACACUUAAUGCGGUUUAAAUAGGUGGAAAUCAUCUACAUGUUAUUUUGUUUGUUUUGAGAUUAAGAACACAUCUUCUGCUGAAUGGGGUAGUAGUUCAGGUGUUCUUGGAGAAAAGAUGUUUCAUGGUUGUAUUUUGUUCAUGGUUGUAUUUUGUACCAAGAUGAGCAUUAAUUGUUUAAUACUACUAAUUUCAGAAGCAAUGUGGUUAUUUGAUUUCAA